GUGAAAGACUACAUAUUCAGUAGCAUCAUUAAUAAAUAUGGAAGGCCGAUCAAAGCGUGCCAUAAGUGCGCCGCCGCAUUUAUUAAGCACGUUGAAACGGGUUUUUGGGGAACCAUGUCUGGCACAAAAGCUCAUUGACAUUUCACACAGGCGUGCGUCCAACACAAGCAGGAGUCAACCCCGUUCUCCCAGUGACUCAAAAGAAGUGUUGUUGGAUCUUUCCAGUGAAUUUCAGAGUCGAAAUAAACACAUCAAUGCACUUUGCAAUGAUGUGGCAGCCAUCACAAAAAAACUGGAAGACUGGAUGCUCACAAGGAAGCAGGAGCCAGAGAGCAUUCUGCAGACAGCCGCCAGCGAUUGCAGUGAUCUGUUCCAAAAGGUUCAGCGACUCCAUGAUAUUCUGGCAUUGGAAACCAAAUGUCCCAGCAGAGGUGUCCCUCAUGCCACAUCACAGUGUGACGCAAAUGACCAGCAGAGUGAGAGCCUCCACAUGGGCCCAGAGUCUUCACCCGGAUGGUUUCUCCUCCAGAAUAUGACAUCCACUCAGGCAGCUGCCUACAGAGUAAUGGAGGAAGAGAUGAUGGAAGUGCAGAGAGAGGCCACCAUGAAACAAGAAACUCUUAGCAGAGAGAUAGAAAGGCUCAAAGAAAACCAGCUGAUCAUGCAGGAGAAUUUCACCACUGAUCUUCAAGUUGAGAAAGACAAGAGCUCACGUCUUGUCAAGGAAUUGGAGAAACUAACCCGUUCACACGAGGAUCUUGUCCUCAAGUGUGAGACCCUUAAACUACAGAACACACGAAUAGAAAAGAGUCUUGAUAUGGAAAUGAAGACUAACAAAGAAAAAGUAGAAAAUGAAUUACGGUCUUACCAGUCCUUAAGGACGGAGAAAGAAAUUCUUCGACAAAAGUUCACUGAAGAAAUGGCAGCAAUGCAAAGGGAUGCUUCAAUGAAGCUGGAGUCACUACGACGGGAAUUGGAGGAGCAAAAAGAGGCCAUGAUGCUCAGGGAGGAGAAAUUCAACUCUGAGCUGAAAGCUGAGAAGGACAAGAACUUGUACAUGAGCCAGGAACGAGAGAAGAUAUCGGUGACCUACAAGGAGCUCACGCUCAAGUAUGAAACGGUUGAACAGCAUGCAGCACAACUUCAGGAGACACUUGACAAUGAAAUCAAGUCUCAUGAAGAAAGAGUGCAAGAUGACAUCAAGCGAUUUCAGUCCUUGAGGGCAGAAAAGGAAGCACUUCGGCAAAAAAUGGCUGAAAAGGUAGCCGAACUGGAGAGAGAUGCCACUCUAAGACAAGAGGCGCGUUUGAGAGAAGUAGAAGAGCUCAAAGAAACUCAACUAACUAACCAAGAAAGAUUUUCCACCGAACUACGUGCAGAGAAAGACAAAAAUUUACUUUUAACCCAAGAACUAGAGAAAAUAACCUGCUCACACCAGGAGCUCACCACUAAGUGUGAUAAUGCAGAACACCGGGCGACAGUCCUUCAGCAGAAACUUGAUGAAGAGAGUAAGUGUAACGCAGAAAUAUUUAAAGAAAACCAGCAGCGUUUUCAGGCUUGGAGAGCUAAGAAGGAGGUUGUGCGACAAAAUAUGGCAAACCAGAUUGCAGCGAUGCAGAGAGAUGCCAGCAUUCGGCAACAAUCGCUCUCAAGAGAGGUGCGGGAGUUAAAAGAGUCUCAGCUUUUCAACCAACAGAAUUAUAAAGCAGAACUCAUGGCUGAGAAGGACAAGAAUUUAAUCCUUAGCCAGGAAUUGACAAGAAUGACGGCUGCCCACCAUGAGAUCAGCAUCAAGUUGCUGACUGUUGAACAAGAGGCUGAGAGCCUUAAGGAAAAACUUGAGAUCAAAAUUAAAUCCCAUGAGAAAAGGCUGCAAGAAGACAGCGACUUGUUACAUUCCAUGAGUCUGGAGAAGGAAGCACUCCAUCAAAGGCUGACCGACGAGAUGGCUGUUCUCCAGAGAGAUGCAGAUACAAAGUGUGAGGCGCUAACCCGAAAAUUAGAGGAGCUAAAAGCAGCACAGAUUUUAAGUUAUGGUCAUCCAAAGAUCGACGAUCCUGCUGAAAGAGACAAUUUGCCAUUUUCCAGCCAGGACCAAGGGACCAGAGGCCAAUAUGAAGAACUACAGCUCAGGUGUCAAAUGGCCGAACGCCAGGCCAUACUUCUCCGACAAAAACUUGAAAUGGAAGUUAAAUCAAAAGAGAGUCUUCAACAAAAAAUAGCAGAAAAUGCUAUCUUGCAAAAAGACACAGCCAAAAAUCUUAAGUGGCAACUGGACAAUCAAGUUAGCCUGAACCUUGAGCUUUCCAGGGCGCUUGCUGCUCACCGAAGCACACAAGAGCAAGAAGACGACAGGUCUGUUAAACAAACGGAGGGGUCUUUGGAGACAACCCAGCUGUCAACAGAUACGUCUUACGUUUCAAAAAAGGCAACGAGGAAGUUGAGGCGUCAGUAAUUCCUAACAUUGUUGCAUUUCUGAAUUGAAUCAUCAGUGUUCCGGAAACAUUUAUUCUGACAGUGACUGAAAAUAAAAGUUCUUGAAGUUCCUCAAUAACUCAGAAACUCAAGGCAGCCCUGCCUGUGCUCGGGAGCCGUGACAGUGGAGGAGCCAGGCCAGGAAGAUCAAGAGCGGCUGAGUCCAUCUGAAAUCUUUCAGUGCUCCCCCCGGGGGAGAGGGUGCAGAUGGAGGCAGUACUGCCAGAUGAAGCUGACACCACAAAAUCUAGAAAUUAAAUAAAGGAUCAACAAACCCAGCGUUUUUUGACCGAUGUGCUGGGGGAAAUGAUCCACUUUCACUGGAAGUGAUAUGAUGACAUUAGAUCAUCAACAAUUUGAACGUGUUUACGGGGGGACUUCGACUGAUUGGCUCACUGCCCAGCUAUGCUCUGGUCGGGACCCAAGCAACGCGUCCCUGACGAGAAGGACUGCCUGACGAUGCAGUGCCAGUCGGUGGCUGUGGAUCCACCAGAGGACGGUAAGGAAGGAGGAGCUCCUGGAGUGGUCCCAGACAGGGCACUGUGGUGACCUUCCAAAAGAUGGCGCAGCCCGGCCUCAAUGGAUGGCACAAUUAUCUGCAAGCACACCCAUCGCCGACGGCAGCAACGAUGCAAACGUCCCUGAGUUGUUGGUCAAGAUGGAGGCUAAGAAGACCUCUGCGCAUCUCCAACAGCACUUCCAGCCCAAGCAACGACACCGCUACACAACCCGACGCCAGGCCUAAGGGGACGUUUUGCAAGAGGGAGUUUCGGUUUGGGAGGCCCCAGCACCAGCAGCCGCCCACGUCAUCCGCAUUGUCCUCGUCUGCCAGAGGGAGGAAGUCACAGUCGGGACACAAGCACCAAGAACCCUCUAUUGACAGACCUGAGUCUCGCAACCCUGGCAAGCUAGCAGCUAACACCUAGUUGGCUGCUUUCACCAUUGUCAUGUGCUUGUGAUGACGUGAGUGCGUGCCCAUCCUCGCAGCCAUUUCUUCUCGCACACUCCCGGGAGCUCGAGGUGUGAUCCCAGACGCGGUUCUGGAGGGUAAUUCCCCAGUUUAACCUUUGGCGGAGUCAUCACUGGAGGAUCUGACUCUUAAGACAGUAUUGCUUCUGGCCUUGUCGAUAGCAAAGCAGGUGAGUAACCUGAUGGCUUCGUCAGUCAAUUCCAGGCCCAUGUCUUUUGGGAGAGAAGGGGACUCAGUGACCCCUCAGCCCAACCCUACUUUCAGGCUGAAGGUGAUCACGUUGGCGUACCGGUCGCAGGUGGUCAUCUUGAGGUCUUUCCAUCCUCCUCCUCAUCUGAGUUCCAAAGGAGGCUGAACGGCAGAAGACAAGAUGGUUAAAGGUACUGGGCGGUGCCUACCUGGGCGAUAAGGCAAUCAAUCAAAGUCUCAAGCUGAAGCCAGUGUCUCAAUGAAGAUUAACCAAUAGCAAAAACCGUUCGAGGGCUGUGCACAUAUUCAUAGAACUAUUGUUACAUAAGCAACGCAGAUUUCUAUGUCAUGUGUGCUCCGCCCUCUAAUGGCCUUCGCCAUUGGUUAAAAACCACGGCGAAGGCUGGUGGGAUAAGUUCCCUACAGAUUUCCCAUACAGGCUCACUGAAGAAGUCGCUCAAAUGCAUCACUGGUUGUUUUCAAAUGUGAUGCGCCUCUAGCUUGACCACACACCUUCACAACAGAAUGAUGGAGCGUUCCUUGUCGGAACUGUGACACCAAAAACUGUCUGCACCGUCAAGCUAACAGAGCUCACUGUUAAUGUGACGUCUCACUUAAAAACUUUAUUGACACUCGUAAACUAUCAAAAUUUUCACCAUAGGUAAAAAGUUGGCAAAAAAACAGAUGACCCAUACAAAUGCUCCCCAAAAUGUGAAGAAUAAUUGUAGUCAUGAAGCAAGCUGAGGCAAAGAAUAUAAAACACUU